UUGCAUUUUUCUGUUCCAACUUGUAUACCACCAGCACACUCUAAACCUCUAUGCCCAGAUCUGGGCAUAGAAGUCUCUUGCUGCAAGACGUUAUUUCUGUUAGAUACUCUACAAUGGUUAGCGGACUCAUUUCCGCUGCAAGUGGUAGGCCUCCUGCUCCUCGUGUGAAUACUAGGAGUGGUGGAAGGCGUGGGUCCCCUGUACGUGAGGGGGACCGAAACUCUUCAUCUCAGCAUAGAGAACGAUCUCGUUCUCCUCGUCCUGGCGGAGGUAACGGCGCAGUUACCGCUUUGGAUUUGCUGAGUGGCGCGCGUCAAGACCCUGUUCAGCACGUCGAAAACGCGGCAGGGGACGCGGAUCGUAACACGUCACGCAAUCGCGAUUUCCCCCCCGGAUUUCAAGGCGAGCGGCGUAACGAGCAGAACCGCGACGUCAUCAUGAGCGCGAUCUCAACGCCCCAGCGCCCCAGAUUCGCCAGGAUCGCCAGGAUCGGGACCGGGAUCGCGCAGAUCGCCGCACAGAUUUUGCUCCUGCCGCAGUGAAUCCGCGCGGGAUUCCGCAGAUCUCGACCCCUGGAGCAGCAGAAAUCGCCGAAAUGAUUGCGCGCCUGGAUCCUGCAGCCCAGCGCAAUCUCCAGCGAAUCUUCACAGGAGCUGCUGGCGAACGCGUUACAGCACGCUCCACUGCAUCUACAGCGCCUCAUUCUGCAGAACAUAAUUCUGCUCGCUACACCGACAACAAUGUUAACGCCGGCACCAACAACGAGGCCAUUCACCACGUUCUUGGUCUUCUCGCGGCGCUCCAGCGUGGCAAUGGCGCCGAUCCCGCACCGCCACCGGAACCAGCACGCGUCGCAGCGACGGUGGCCCCACGCUCUCGCCUCCCGGCGCCCGCCCCCGAGCCCGUUGACGACGAAAUGGACGAGGAAGCACCCCAUGCCACGCUCGACGAAGGUAAUGCCGCCCGCCCGAAAUCCGCUUCUGCAUCGCUCACCCUCGCUCCUAUUCCACCUGCACGUCCUCAGUUGCGCUCUUCCUUAGUUAAAAGCGAUGGAAUUCGUACGCAACUUUUUAGUUUUGAGCGCAUUCAAGCUAUUGCACGUCAUGCUAUCUCGGUUUUACCACUUGACGGUGGAGAACAAGCCGCCGACUAUCUCCAGCAGAUAGUAGAGGAGGCGGAAGAGAAGAUUCAUUUUUUGUUUACCGCCGAUCAACGCGGUUUCGAAGUGGCCAAUAUGGCCCUUAAGAUUAAGUAUGGGGAAGUGGUAGAGGAUAAGAAUGUGAAGGCCGCUUCUCAGAUUGUAGCGGCCAGCAAGAAGAGGCCCACUCGGCCCACCCAUCCCACCUCCCGUCCUGAACCCCCUCUUCGCCCUCGCGGCCAAGGGGAGCGCCUUUGGAACACAUGGCGUAGGGACGGCGACGGCCGUUGUUUCUAUUGCCGUGAACCCGGGCAUGGGAUGGCUAAUUGCCCCCAAAGGGGCCAAGGGGCCAAUCGGCCAGCUAAGAUUGUGUAAAGUUUGCUUAACCUCUCCGAUGUUGUAGCAGCUCGGAACCAUUUCGGCCUAUGCCGAUGACGCAACCAAGAUUACCCGCAUGCAAGGCCGCCUCCGUGACCGCGCUGCAUGGUGGUCCGCCUGGUGCGACAGCCGCUUGAUUCUAUCGGUGAUUACAUCUGGAUAUCGCCUACCAUGGGUUGCCUCUGAGCCCCCUCCGUCUCGUACUAAGAACCAUGCCGGUGCUUUGCAAUUCACCUCUUUCGCCGUAGGCGCAGUGGCCGAGCUUCUCGCCACCGGCGCAGCUCGGGUCGUUCCUCCUUCCACAACCCUCACAUGCGUUAGCCCCUUAAACGUGAUUGUCCAACCCUCAAAAAAGAGACUGAUAUUGGAUUUGCGGCAUGUCAACUCAUUCCUCUCAGUACCUCGUUUUCGAUACGAAGGACUUACUCGCGUUCCUGAUUUGGUGCAAGAAGGCGAUUGGCUAUUCACGAUCGAUCUCAAAUCUGGAUACCACCACGUCGACAUUCACCCCGCUUUCUGGCAGUUUCUCGGAUUCUCCUUGCAAGGGCAGGACUACCAAUUCCUCUCUUUGCCUUUCGGGCUGGCUACAGCGCCGUUUGUGUUUACCCAGUUAAUUAAGCAACUCGCCAAACGCUGGCGUAGCCGUGGCAUCCGCCUUAUUCCAUACGUCGAUGAUAUCCUAUUCAUCAGUGCCACUCGAGCGGAGGCUCUUCACAACCGCUCCAUAAUCAUUGCCGACCUCG